AUGCAGCUUUUAAAGGAAUUUGUUCGUGGCCUUUUACAAUUUUAUUUACAAAAUACAUUAAAAUUACUUUCACCAUCAUCAAAUCUAAUACAAACAGAUAACAGUACAACGGCUACUGAUACUAGUUCGACUAUUGUCACUACUCAUUCAACAACAUUGUCAACAUCAUCGUUUGAAGCAACUCCUGCUACUGUCACAACAACAACAACAACAGCUAUUGACGACCUCCUCAAUAAUGAUAAUAAUGAUAAUACAUCCAGUUCAUUCGUAAUAGAUAACAAGACCACUGAUACAUUGAAAUUAACUACAGAUUCAAUUGAAAUGGAUAUUAGCGGCAGUUUAUCGACAUUAUCAUACAAUACAGAACAGUUACUCAAAGAUCCUUCCUUUAUACAAGAUAAUAAAGAAGAUUUAUGUCAUUCCUUAGAACAAUUGAAUACAACAGUUAUGAAUAAAUUGAAUGAUAUAACUGAUGAUAAUAGUAUCCCUUCUAAAUUGGCUCGUCUAGAUCCUCAGUUAUUGUAUACAUUAGCAGCCCAACGUCUUUAUGAACUCUUAGAUGUUAACAAUCAAAAUUCUAUUUUACCUAAUCAAGACAAUAUUGAACAGAAUAGUUGUAAAAGAAAGAAAGAUUCUUCUAAAGCAUUAAAUAUUCCUGAAAGUUGUAUUCGUGCAAGAGCUGUCCUAACACCUUGUGAUGGAACAAAUGAAUAUGAAACUCGAAUGCAUUAUAGGCAAUUAACUGUUGGUACAUCACCAGAUUGUCAUUUAUGUUUAGCUAAUUAUAAUUUAUCUUCAACAUAUAAUAAUAAUGAUAAAUGUUCAUUUAUAUCACCACAUCGUGCUACAAUAUUCUAUGAUGAUUGGACCCAACAUUAUGAAUUAAUUAAUUAUAGUGAAUAUGGUACAUGUGUAGAUGGUAUUAUCUAUGGAAAUGAUAUAGAAAAGAAGUUGAUUUAUAUACCAGAAGUAAGUUCAUCCUAUUCUUUGAUUCAAUAA